GUUAAAAUGACGUCUUUACUUAAAUUUUGUUUUUCAAGCAAAGCAUGAACAUACAUAAAAUAAAACUCCUUUAUAAAUAUACUUCUUUUACAAGCCAAGGAUUACUUUCUUAGAAUCUUAUCGGCCAUGUCCACAGACUGUCUUGAAGACUGAUUCCUGGCAUGAUGUCAUCCCAUAGAAGGCCAACGGAAUCAGCUUGGGAUAGCGAUGAUGACUUGCUUCAAGAUGAUUUGCCAGGAAUCAAUGCCUUUCCUAGAGCUAAACCUGAAGAAGAUGAACUUGAUGAGGAUGCCCUGCUUGGACUUGACACGGAUGACGAAGGGAAGCAAGAGAUUUCUAUCACAGCUGAGAAUACGACGCUGGGAAACUCCACUGCUGACGAACCAGACCUGGAAACAGAUGAAGGUGAUGAAUUUGAAGAAGCAGAGGAGAUAAUUGACAUCGGUAUCAAUGUGGAUGACGACAUUGAUGCCCUGGCUCCUGAAGAUGAGAUAACUGUGGGUGAACAGUUUGAUGACGAUGCGCAAGAGGAGGCCGAUGAUGGUGCACAAGAGGAGGCCGAUGACGCUGACCAGGUGGAGGAAGAAGAGGAGCAGUUUGAAGAAGAAACCAGUCAGUUUGUUGAAGGAAUGGACAAUCAGCCAGCAGAGCAGGUUGAUCAGCUCGACGGUCCGGAAGAAAUUCUGAGUACUUCUCAAGAUGAGGAAAAUAGAUCUACGGCUCGUGAAGAAAGUGAAAGUGACAGCGAAAGUGAUGACGAGGAAAAAGGGCGUGGACGAUUCAAAUCGGAACGAGCAACGAUCAGCACAGUUUCCGUGACAAAGACACGCACUGAUAUUCCAGACACGUUAGAAAUCAGUGAAGAACAGCAGCAUGAAAUUGAACAGUUUCUGGCUAACAAGCAAAAUCAGAAAUACGGUCGACGUGGUGGGAGGGGCCACCGAGGCCAGUACAUGGGCCGAUAUCAAGGCAGAGGUGGCCACAUGAACGUAGGACAGCAGUUCCACCCACACAUGGCUGGUGGUCUCCUUGGUCCACCGCCACAGCAGAUGCCACCACCCCCUCUCAUGGCAGCCCCACCAAGUGAUGCACCACCCGUCAAGAUGCGCAAGAUCCACGUAAAUCCACACUUCAAGGGUCCCACGUCGCAGGUGACAUCGGCGGCGUCGUGGGCUAUCCAGGCGUCAACCGCUGUGUCGUGGACCAGCCAGCAGAACGUCACUGCAACACAUGCUGGGCAGCCACCUAGCAACCUCCCUCCACCUACCUCUCAGAUUCCAGAAGGAUGGCCCCAACAUUCUCCGCACGUUGUGUCCCAGGGACAGUAUGCUGCUCCUCAUGUCAAUGUUCCAGUCUCUCAGCCAUAUCAAGGACAGCCACCAUACAAGAGCCAGUACCAACAGGGACUGCAACCUCCACCUCGUCAAGAAGUACCCUUCAGUCAGCACGGUCCUCCAGUUCAGAGCUACCCUCCGGUACAACCCCAGCUUUCACAGCCAAACCCAGCAGCACCUAAUCAACCUCAACACCUACAACAACAGCCAGUACCAGGAUCUCCCUAUCAGCCACGGCAUCUUGGACCUCCGGUGCCUACACAACAACCACCUAGAAUGGGGCCCGGACCUGGCCCCAGACUGUUGAUGCAGCAGCAGGUCUAUCCCCCACACUCUGCUCCUGCAGGGCAGCCCCCUUUCCAUCCCAGACCAAUGCCGCAGACCCCGAACAUGCCAUCAAGACCCUUGAACAGUGAUCCUAGGUUUCAGCAGUCAAUGAGUCCCCCACGGCACAUGCAGCAGCAACACAGACAGCCGUUUGAGCAGCACCGAAUGCCACACAUGCAAGGGUCACAAAGGCAGCCUCUUCAUUUUGAACCCAACCGCAUGCAACAGAUUCAUACGGCACCACAGUUUCAGCAACAGCCAGGAUUCCAGCAACCUCGACAACGCAUGCCACCUCCACUGCUGCCUCCUUCACAACAACAGCAGCCACAGCCACAGCCACAGCAGCAACAACACCAGCAGCAGCAACAGCAACAUCAGCAGCAGCAACAACACCAGCAACAUCAGCAACAUCCACCUCAACAAAAAGAGUACCCUCCUGAUGAGUUUCAACCAUUUCAGAAUCAAAAUCAGAACCAAAACCAGGAUCCGUUUAAUGCUGAGAUGCAGGACCAAAGCCAUUUCAGUGGCCAAGCUCUUGACAGGCUUGAAAACAAGAAAGUCUACCCAGUUGUAAAGAAGGCUUCCAUCAUGAGGCAGACAACGAAUGUGAGACAUGUGACGAGUGUUAGGCACGCGACAAAUCCCAACCUUAAGGUGUUAUCGUCACCCUCGCCACCCCCGCAUCGUAUUGUUGCCAGGAAGCGGACAUCUACCAGCGAUAUGACUAUAAGCCCAACAAAAAUAGCCAAAAAAGAAGCACCCAAGGUACUGCUGGAUCCAGAGGAAGAACGAAUGAGAAAAUUACUUGAAGAGCAGAAGAGAAAACGAGAAAUGAUACAAAGACAGAAAGAACUGCGUAGACAGCAGCAAGCAGAACAGCGGCGACAAGAGCUGUUGAAGAAACUGGCGAACCAGGGAAAAUCAAUAGAGGAUAUAGUUGGCCCAGUACAAACUGCAGAAACUAAAGCCCAGCCAAAUCCGGUGAAGUCUUUAGCCAGUGUGCAGAUUGCCAAAGGACAGCAGAUCCAAACCAUAUCUCGGCAGGGAACUGCUACCAAAUCUCAAGUCCAAGCCGGUCGUGGCAGAGGAUUAAAAACCGCAGUUAGGGGUCGGGGCUCGUUUACCCAGCUCCAAGUUCAGUCUCAGGCCAAAGUGAACCAGCUGAAGUCUCCAGGUCAGACUGGAAUUCAGGGUAAGAAAACACUCCAGGCUGGUCGCGGCCGAGGACUGCGUGGUCGAGCAUCAGUUACACACACUGGUCAGGCCCGAGGUAAGCCAAUCCAGCAGCAGGGACAGCAGCAGCAGACUCAUGGCCAGACCAAUAUGCCUCAAAACGUGAACAUGCAGCAACCAGUGGAACUGCAGGCAGGUAUGGUGAACCAGAGGCAGCAGACCCCACAGAAACAACGUGGGAUGACUCGAGGCCAGCCUGGAAGUUUGCUGGGUGUCAACGUGUCUCAGCAGAAUGUGGUCAAGAACAUUGUCUUGCAGGACGGUGUACAGAUGCAUGGCACUGGGGAUGAUCACAUGCAGAUGCAAGGGAAUGCAGCACAGCAGUUCACUGGCAGAGGGCAGGCAUUCAGGGCCAGGGGAUCGAAUCGUGGAAUGAACCGAGGCAUGGAUAAUGGCAUGAACAGAGGCACCAGUCAUGGCAUGAACCGUGGAAUGAACCAAGGCAUGAUGCCCGGAAUGAACCAAGGCGUGAAUCUCCGGAUGAAUCCGAACAUGUCCCGGGGUUUGGUCAACAGGGGUAUGAACUCUGGUAUGAACAGAGGCAUGAUGAAUAGGGGGAUGAUGAACAGGGGGAUGAUGAACAGGGGCAUGAACCCUGGUAUGAUGAACCGGGGACUGAAUCAAGGAAAUUUCAGAGGGAGGGGCAGGGCUGGUGUCAAUCAGCAAGGGUUUAUGAACAUGGGACAGCAAGGGAAUGCCUCCUUAAGAACUCAGGCUAAUAACGGACCAGUGGGGAAUCGCCAAAACAUUAAACAGGUGGUGAAAGGACCUGUCCUAGGAGGGGGCAAGGACACUACAGCAGGUGGCACAGAGCAAGCCGGUCAGCAGCAAAUUCCAGUGUCGCGUACGGUAAUCACUUCACCUGUACAGACUCGCACGGUUGUUAAACAGUCUCCAGUGAAGAUGGGUGGUCCGCCUCGCACAGUUGUGUCCAAGCAGCCUGGUGCAGCACGAGGGAGAGGUCAGGCCAACUCUGGAAGGCGUGUUGUAAGUCAAAAGACAGGCGCAACGUUAGUAUCCAUUGACAACCUUUCUGCGUCAACAUCUGAGGAAGAUGUUCGGAAGCUUUGCAAAUCAGUUGGAGAACCAGAGUCAGUUGCAAUGAUCAGAUCACAAAAGAAGGCCAUGGUUACAUUUUCAAAUCCAGUGCAUGCUGCUGAAUUUACGGGCAAAUAUAACAGAUACAUGCUUGACCUGUCUCACCUCACAGUCCGUGUUCUGUCAUCCUGAACGGUGUUGGUCUUCUCUAAUGAUGGUAAAGUAAAGUGUCACCAUUGCUGUACCCCGGCAUGACAAAGUUUGAUCACUGUAAUUAGAUGACGUACAAUGCUUGUUUGUAUAUGUACUCUGUAAUCUGGUUCUCAGUUUAUGUUGGACGAUGCCUUUGUUUAUGGGUUCAGUGUGAAAAGUAUCUUGCUUUUAAUAUGCUGGUUAGAAACUGAGGGCAGUUAAUGCUGUCAGACAUAUUGUUUAGAUGUAUAUAUAUAUUGUAUAUCUGACUUCAAGAAUGCAAGUUUGCAUUGUUGAGAGUCCAAUGAUAUCAUGAUAUGUUGAGAAAGUGUUGAAAUGAUGAUGAUAUGUUGAAGCUAAUUGCUGAUCUUGUUAACCUGAAGAAACUUGGUGGUUUCAAGAGAUACUGAACAUUAAGACUUGAUACAAGAUGGAAAAUAUGAAGGCUACAACAUUGUGCAUCGUUUACACGACAGCCAGCUCUAAUCAAGCAAGAAUCAAGAAAGAACAAGACCAGGACCCCGAGUCCCCUGGAUCAAGUCUUCAAGUUGACAACACUGUUUGUUGUUGUUGUUGUAUAUAUGUACUGUGUGAGAGAGACUGACAAUGAAUUGGUGCAGAAUCAGAUGUUAUGAAGAGUCCACUGUUCUGUGGGUGUGACAGGGAAUUCCCGUCACCCAAAAUAUUUACCUCAACAGAACUUCAGUUCUGUUUAACUUGCCGUGUGACAGGCUUACAACCUAUUUGUUUGUAACAGAAGCUGAGACCCAGUUGAGACGUUUUCUAUGAUAAAUGACAAUCAAGUUGACUUGGAGUUUUGCCAGAAAUAACUGGCAUUGGGAGAUUUUUUAUUAUUACGUAUUCCAUGGCUACGAAUUAGAAAAUUAAUUGUUUUUGAACAGUCAGUCAUGGAACUAUUGGUUCUGAAGGACUUUUUCAAGUAAUGGUUUCCCAAAGGUGUAUCUGUCGUCAAUAUUUACAAAAUGUAGGUCUGCCUCCUGGGAUGUAACUCUUGUAUUACAAAAAAAAUAUUAAAACAGAUUUAUGUAUUUAAUAAAAAUAAUUCUGUUAAAACGAACAUCUAAUGAAGCAAAGGUGUUCUGAUAAAGAUAGUUAAAAAAAAAAAGUAUGUUUGACACCAAAAUGGAAAUGACAUUAUAAUUAUUUAUUCAUUUAGUUAUGUUCUUGUUAGUUAAAAGUAGAUUUUUUCUGCACAAGCUAGACCAUAAAACAAUGUUAAUACACUUGUUAUCCUGGUAAGAAUAAACAAAGAUCAUCAGAGAAACACGUGUUAUAUAAGACCACUGAUUAACUACUCAGAAUUAGAACUGUUAAACACGGUAACUGAUUUGCUACACAGAUGGCAAUAGUACCCCCAUCAACCGGUAGAUCUGAAUGAAUUAUCCGUCGGCAGUAGACUAAACAAGGUGACAACACAAUAAAUAAUCUGAAUGAAUAUUGUGGACAGGAGUUGGACUUGUGUGGUUAGGGUAGAAUCAUGAGGUACUUUCAGCAUGAGUCGAUCUUCACAUCAUCAAAGUCAAACAACAUACUUAACAUAUUUUUAUGCUGGGGUUUUGUUAAACAUUCAUUCAUACACUUGAUUUAAAUGUUAGCUAACAGUGAAACAUAGAACUCUUUUUUAAAUGAGCUCUUGUGGUGUCAUUAAACAAAACAAACUUAAUUUUUUUAAAGUAAGUUGACUGGUAUUAAAAAUCUAAUAUUCUCUUUUUGUCAACUAGUGAAUAGUGAAAAAAGACAUCAUCUUCAUUUUAAUUGAGUUCAGUUUACUAAAGAAAAGCACAAUUUAUUUUAAAUGUGUUUAAUUAGCAUCAUCGUUAUAAAUAUGUAAAAAUGCAAUAUUGCAAUUCUUUUAACACUGAUACAUAUAGAACGAAUUAGCUAAUGAAGUUUUGUACCAUUACAUAGAGAUUAGUGGGUUAAAGACAUGGAAUGAAUAAAUCCGCUUAGCUUGUAGAGAUCCCAGCAGUACUAUAUGCAAAUGGUGUCCCACUAAAACAUGUUGGUUUGAGAAGUGCAAUUCUUAGAUGAAUGUUUUUGUUUACGGUAAACAUUGCCAUCUUCGUUACCAUGGCUUGUAUUUAUUUAUGUAAUUUGUAUCUUUGCUCCCUUAAUUUCGGUGUGCAGAUGUAGAAAAAUACCUCAGUAUGGUGAUGGUUAAUUUUAAUAGCAUUAGCAGCAAGUUCCAACUGUUUAUAUUGGAAUAAAAAUAAACGGGUGUUAGAUGUGAUUGUCUUUUUAAAUUAAUAAACAGUAGAUAAUACCGAUUAUCAGCAACAAACACACUACUAUCAUUUUAAUUGUGAGCUAGCAAUAAAACGUGACUCGUUUUAAAUAAGUUAGCUUACAAUUAAACAUAGGUAUCAUUUUAAAUUUUAAUACUAGCAAUGAAACAUCGGCUACCAUUUUAAAUAGGUUUAAUAGUGAUAAAACAUUACUCUUUUGUUUUCUUUUUUUUUAUUAGGUUAACUGUCAUACAGACCUAUUUUUAAAUAGGCUAAUUAGCAAAGAAAUAUGUAAAUAUAUUUUUAAUGUUAUUUAACAGUCCGAUGCAUAUAAAGUUUUUUAAUCUGUUAAUUAAUAGUCAAAUGAAUAACUUUUUAAAUAGAUUAGCUGGGAUUCAAAUGCAUAACUGUAUCAUUCCUUAAAUAAGUUCAACAAGCAAGCAAAUGACUAUCAGUGGUUAACUGUUGUCAUCCCAGUGGGGCAGACUAUAAACUGUUACGGGCAAUCAACUUACAUGUGUCUAAUAAAGACAUUCAGACAGAUAAUGUAUAUUUAGUAAAGACAUUCAGACAGAUAAUGUAUAUUUAGUAAAGACAUUCAGACAGAUAAUUACAGUUGGUAAAGACAUUCAGACAGAUAAUGUACAAUUGGUAAAGACAUUCAGACAGUGUACAGUUGAUAAAGACAUUCAGACAGAUAAUAUGCAUUUGGUAAAGGUAUUCAGACAGAUAAUGUACAGUUGGUAAAGACAUUCAGACAGUGUACAGUUGAUAAAGACAUUCAGACAGAUAAUGUACAGUUGGUAAUGGCAUUCAGACAGAUAAUGUACAAUUGGUAAAGACAUUCAGACAGUGUACAGUUGAUAAAGACAUUCAGACAGAUAAUGUGCAUUUGGUAAAGGCAUUCAGACAGAUAAUGUACAGUUGGUAAAGACAUUCAGACAGAUAAUAUACAGUUGGUAAAGACAUUCAGACAGAUACUGUACAAUUGGUAAAGACAUUCAGACAGAUAAUGUCCGGUUGGUAAAGACAUUCAGACAUGAUGUACAGUUGGUAAAGACAUUCAGACAGUCUACAGUUGAUAAAGACUUUCAGACAGAUAAUGUGCAUUUGGUAAAGGCAUUCAGGCAGAUCAUAUACAGUUGGUAAAGACAUUCAGACAGAUAAUGUACAAUUGGUAAAGACAUUCAGACAGAUAAUGUCCAGUUGGUAAAGACAUUCAGACAUGAUGUACAGUUGGUAAAGACAUUCAGACAGAUGAUGUACAAUUGGUAAAGACAUUUAGACAGAUAAUGUAUAAUUGGUAAAGACAUUCAGACAGAUGAUGUACAAUUGGUAGACAUUCAGACAGAUAAUGGACAGUUGGUAACAACAUUUAGACAGAAUGUACAGUUGGUAAAGACAUUCAGACAGAUAAUGUACAGUUGGUACAGACAUUGUGACAGACAAUGUACAGUUGGUAAAGACAUUCAGACAGAUAAUGUACAGUUGAUAAAGUCAUUCAGACAGAUGAUGUACAAUUGGUAAAGACAUUCAGGCAGAUAAUGUAUAGUUGGUAAAGACAUUCAGACAGUGUACAGUUGAUAAAGACAUUCAGACAGAUAAUAUGCAUUUGGUAAAGGCAUUCAGACAGAUAAUGUACAGUUGGUAAAGACAUUCAGACAGAUAAUGCACAACUGGUAAAGACAUUCACACAUAUAAUGUCCGGUUGGUAAAUACAUUCAAACAGAUAAUGUACAGUUGAUAAAGGCAUUCAGACAGAUAAUGUACAGUUGGUAAAGAUACUCAGAGCGAUAAUGUACAAUUGGUAAAGACAUUCAGACAGAUAAUGUACUUUUGAAAAAUACAUUCAGACAGAUAAUGUACAUUUCGUAAAGACAUUCAGACAGAUUAUGUGCAGUUGGUAAAUACAUUUAAGCAGAUAAUGUAAAACAGAUAAUGUACAGUUGAUAAAGGCAUUCAGACAGAUAAUGUACAGUUGGUAAAGACAUUCAGACAGAUAAUGUACAGUUGGUAAAGGCAUUCAGACAGAUAAUGUACAAUUGGUAAAGACAUUCAGACAGAUACUGUACAAUUGGUAAAGACAUUCAGACAGAUAAUGUCCGGUUGGUAAAUACAUUCAGACAUGAUGUACAGUUGGUAAAGACAUUGAGACAGUCUAUAGUUGAUAGAUAAUAUACAGUUGGUAAAGACAUUCAGACAGAUAAUGUACAGUUGGUAAAGGCAUUCAGACAGAGAAUAUACAGUUGGUAAAGACAUUCAGACAGAUAAUGUACAGUUGUUAAAGACAUUCAUACAAAUGUGUUGAUGAUAAUGUGCAGAAAAAUAACAGAACAACAAAUAUUCUGUUGAUUAUUCAUGUUGUAUUUUUGGAAAUUCCUUUUCCAAAUAUGAUGUCUUAUUGUAAUAAAACAAAAUCAUGUCUUAUUAUCAUC